UUGUUUAAGAAGCCGUGGAUAAAGAGGACACGCACAGCCUCAUACUCAUUCUUCCUGUUAUUUCCUGGUUCUUCAACAGUUACUUUCGGCCAUGCCUGAGCCAGCCAAGUCGGCGCCGGCCCCGAAGAAGGGCUCCAAGAAGGCGGUGACCAAGGCGCAGAAGAAGGACGGCAAGAAGCGCAAGCGCAGCCGCAAGGAGAGCUACUCGGUGUACGUGUACAAGGUGCUGAAGCAGGUGCACCCCGACACCGGCAUCUCGUCCAAGGCCAUGGGCAUCAUGAACUCGUUCGUCAACGACAUCUUCGAGCGCAUCGCGGGCGAGGCGUCCCGCCUGGCGCACUACAACAAGCGCUCGACCAUCACGUCCAGGGAGAUCCAGACGGCCGUGCGCCUGCUGCUGCCCGGGGAGCUGGCCAAGCACGCCGUGUCCGAGGGCACCAAGGCCGUCACCAAGUACACCAGCGCCAAGUGAGCCCGCCGGCUGCAAGAGCAAUCGGUCUUGCACCUGUCUUUCUGAGGUCAGCAUCCCAUCCAGAGCAAGCGUCCGUCCUGGUUCUCUGGGAGUUCUGUGUGUACACAGGAAAGAUCCACCUCCAGCAGCGUUAUAGACCAAGCCUCAAAGAGCUUCCUGAGAAACUCACUGGUGCUCUCUGGUUCACUGAAACUUCAUUUCAGGAGAGUAAAUUUCAUUGACAGUCACCACUGGGAACACAAAGUGAUUCGUAAGGAAUUCUCAAAUGCUGCUGUGUAUCAGCUUCUGCCAAAGGCCUCCCCAGCCGUACCCACAACACUAUGGUUAC